CCAAGGAAAUUAAUUUCACAAAAUAGGGUCUCUAGUCAAGAGUUUUGCUCUUCCACCCCUCCCUCACAGACUAAUGUUCUCGUCAUCCUCCCUCCUCUUUGCUGCCGUCCAUCGGUCGAUCAUCUGAGGUAUCAACUGGAACUUCCUUCUCUGGCAAGGUUCUCCGGAGAGUCGACGGCCACCGGUGACAGGGUGCUCUCCCUCUCGGUCAAUUGCCAUCCACUGCGUUCUCUCUCUUCUGGUCGCUGUCCUUUCCACCUCCUUCUGCUGCCACCAUUAUCUCCGCCGGCCGUCCCCUUCAUUCCGCCUACACUUGACGCCGCCCUCUCCACCUACUUCGUGUCCUCCAUUCCUCGAAUCCGUUAAUAGCUAUGAUAGGAGGAGCUCGGGUCCACCUGAACAGGUGGCAGCAGACAGCCGUUGCUGUCGGGUCGGCGGUGGGUGCUUUGCUCGAUCCACGGAGGGCGGAUCUUAUAGCUGCUCUUGGAGAGACAACAGGAAAACCUGCUUUUGAAAGAGUGCUUGAGAGGAUGAAGAACAGUCCUGAAGGCCGAGCAGUUCUGCUAGAAAGGCCACGGGUAAUAUCUUCUAAGGUGGGACACGCAUGGGACCUACCAGAGAAUACCUUCGGAGCUGCGUAUGCUCGUUUCAUGGGAUCUCGGAACUUCUCCCCUGAUGACAGGCUACCGGUCCGAUUCAUGGAGACGGACGAGCUGGCCUACGUGGCCAUGAGGGCCCGCGAGAUCCACGACUUUUGGCACACCCUCUUUGGCCUUCCCACGAACUUGCUCGGCGAGUCAGCCCUCAAGGUCGUCGAGUUUGAGCAGAUGUACCUCCCCAUGUGUCUUCUCUCCGUCGUGGGAGGCACGGCUCGGUUUAAUGAGAAGCAGAGGAUGGUGUUCUUCAAACACUACUUUCCCUGGGCAGUUCAAGCAGGCGUUCGGUGCACUGAUCUCAUGUGCGUGUAUUAUGAGCAGCACUUUCACGAGGAUCUCGAUGAUGUCAGGAGGAGAUGGGGUAUAGUUCCUGCUCCUAACAUUCCUAAGUAAAAUGACGUCCGAUUGAUCUACCUCGCUCCAGUCUAAGGACCUUUGUUCGCAGUGUCCUCGGAACAGAUGUGCUGUACAUUAGACGGUGGCAUUGAUCUGUUGUCUUAUUUUAUUGUUAUUGCCAAAAGUAUUUAAUUUUAUAAGGUGAUAAUUGAUAUACGAUGUUUUAGAUUUUAAUAAACUCAUUAUUGUUUCAAAACAAAAUGUUGAAUAUAGCGGCAAAAUGUUCUUCCA